UCUCGUUAAAAUAAUCAUGAUGCAGAAGCUCUUCAGGACAAAACACGAAGGCGUGUCCCUGUCCAGGAGAGCAGACGAGAUUAGCACAAACUUUUUAGCGGAUCUGAAUCGGCAUGAGAAUGAAAAGUUUAGUCACUUGCUGAAGAAGUCUAAAAUAUCGCUGGAGGAUAUUUUGAAGAAGGAUGCCUUCCUAGAAAAUCAGCAUUACAAUACAUGGGCUUGCUACUUUGGAGCGAUAGACCGGCCAUCGUCGGAGGAAUUGCUUCAUAGAAAUGGCGAUGGCGAAGGACUGUACCUCGUGAGGAACGGCUCGAAAGUAGGAGACUUCACGCUGUCCUUCGUCCACGGCGACAAACCGAUACACUUCCACAUCGACCAGCACGGACUCGGAGCGCAGUACUCGAUCGAAGGCGGCGACCUCUUCUCCGGUCUCGACAAACUCCUCGAGCACUUCAGCCAGCAGGCGGACGGGCUGCCGACGCGUCUCGCCGCAUUCUGCCGCAACGGCAUGCCGCUGCCGUUCUCCGCAACAAUGUUCGGCCGCACGAACGUGCUUCAUCGCGUCGUCCGCGAGAACAACGCGCGGCUCGCGCGCAUGGUGCUCGACUCGGGCCGUUACGCCGAGCACGUGAACGCGCGCGGCGCGGACGGCGACGCGGCACUGCACACCGCCGCGCACGCCGGCGCCGACGACCUCGUGGGGAUGCUCGUCGACGCCGGCGCGGACGUCGACGCGAAGGACGCGCAGGGGCAGGCGCCGCUGCACCGCGCGUGCGCUGGCGACCGCGCGAGCACCGUCAGCCUGCUCGUGUCGCGCUACGACUGCGAUGCGCAGGAGCCCUGCUACCGCACGGGGUGGGUCGCCCUGCACGUUGCCGCUAGCUGGGGGCACGCCGACUGCGCGAAGGUGCUGCUCGCGCUCAACGCCCCCGCACGCCCGCGCACGAACAAAGGCGAGAUCCCGGCGGACCUUGCGCGGGAGGCGGGAAACGAGGAGUGCGCGCGGAUGCUGGACGACUACCAGGCACCGCCGGCGCGCGCCGACGCCUCGCGGUGGCUCCACGCGGCGGCGAAUCGCACGACGGCGCGGCGGCGGCUCGAGCGCGCGGGGCUUGCGAACGGGCAGUUUCUCGUGCGGGCGAGCGGCCGCCACGCCGGCAUGCACAUCCUCACGAUGGCGUGCGACCGGCAGGUGUACAACUACGAGGUGGAGCGUCGUCGUGACGACGGCGGACGCUUGUGCAUCGGCAACGGACCGCUGCUCGAUUCGCUCGAGCAUCUCGUCGACCACUACUCGCGCUUCAAGGACGGACUGCCGACGCGGCUCUCGGAGCCGGUUGCCGAUCCCGAUUGGACGCCGGAGCUGCGCACGCGCCAUGACGUGGAUCCGGCCGGCGAGGCGGCGGCGGCAGCGGCAACGACAGAGGAGGUCCCGGUGCCAGCGGGGCUGCGUUUGAUUUACAAGGCAGAUCUCCAGCUCGGCGACAAGAUAGGGGACGGAGAGUAUGGAUCGGUACUGAAAGGCAUGUGGACUGACCCAACAACAGGUAUUAAGUACCAGGUGGCAGUUAAGACAACACACGAAGAUCACAGCCAGAACAAGGAGUUCCUCAGAGAGGCUGAAGUAAUGAUGAAGCUCAAACACGACUGUGUCGUACAGCUCAUCGGAGUCUCCUGCGAACCGCCGCUCAUGAUCGUCCAGGAGCUACUCCCCGUAGGCUCCCUCCUCGACUUCCUCCUCGACCACCCAUCCGAGGUCGACCCGGACACCGACCUCCGACUCUGGGCCGCGCAGGUCGCCUCCGGGAUGCGCUACCUCGAGGCGCAGAAGGUCGUACACCGCGACCUCGCCGCGCGAAACAUCCUGCUCGCGAACCACCAGCACGCGAAGAUCAGCGACUUUGGGCUGUCGCGCGUGACGCGCGCCGAGAAGGACUACUAUCGCGCGACCGAGGGCGGCAAGUGGCCCGUCAAGUGGUACGCGCCGGAGUGCAUCUACUACGGGCAGUUCUCGCACGCGAGCGACGUGUGGAGCUACGGCGUCACCCUCUGGGAGAUGUGGACGUUCGGCGAGCAGCCGUACGGGGAACGCGGCGGACAGGCCGUGCUGAAGAUGAUCGACAGCGGCGAGCGGCUCACGGCGCCACCUGGUUGCCCGCGCAAGAUCUACAAGGUGAUGCAGCGCUGCUGGCAGUACGACCCCGCCGCGCGGCCGACCUUCGCCGACCUCCAGCAGCUGUUCGAGAGCGAUGCUGACUACCAGCAGAUCGUCGCCAUGGUGACGAAGUCCCGCAUAGCAUGAGAGAUGUUGUGUGAUAAUUGAUGAGAGAUUCCCGAGAAUGUCGUGAUAGAGAGAAUGGUGCUGCUGCUGAGAGAUGUUGAUAAAACAUAGAUGCCUCCACUGCAGGUUCCUGUUAGCUACUCUGUAUAAUAUAUCUCACCUCCAACUUUUCCUGUGAUAUGUGGUUGUGCGUGUGUUUACGAGUAUGUCGUAUCCAGGGCCGUAGCCAAUUCCUCAGGGGGUGGGCUAAAUUUGAUGACUCAACUGUGUAAUGAUGAGCGAUGGGCGCAGCUCUUGAUCGACGUCCAGUGUGGUAGGUAGGGGUGGGGGUCUGAGACAAAGCUUUCACGGAUAAGUGACCCAAAAAAUUCAUGUUAGGGUUAUGAUUAUUAGCUAAGCUUUUUCAAAAUCUGGGGUGCAGCUGCC